UUCUAUUUCCACCUCGAAGUUCCAUUUCAUAGCUCUUCAAUGAAACUGUCUUUAACACUCAUUUCGUAAUUAACAGAGACGAAUCGGCUUUGGCGAAGAACUUCGUUUUUACGAAGAAACGAUCUCUUGAAGCUGGAUCUGGUUCUUUAAAUGGACACAUCUGGAAAUUCUGAAAGCAAAUCGCAGAAAAUUUGAGCGAUUUUCAACUCUCUCUCUCUCUCUCUUUCUGUGGGCAAGUUCAACGUAUUUCUCGUGUCUUGACAAUGGCUGCACCGUUCUUCUCGACACCUUUUCAGCCUUACGUUUAUCAGAGUCCCCAAGAUUCAGUUAUACCUUUUCAGAUUUUAGGGGGAGAAGCUCAGGUGGUUCAGAUAAUGUUGAAGCCACAUGAAAAAGUAGUUGCAAAGCCUGGUUCCAUUUGCUUUAUGUCUGGAUCCAUUGAGAUGGAAAAUGUCUACAUCCCGGAAAAUGAAGUUGGCAUGUGGCACUGGUUAUUUGGCAAGACUAUAACUAGUGUUGUUCUUCGGAAUCCUGGACCCAGUGAUGGAUUUGUUGGAAUUGCUGCUCCUUCUCUUGCUAGAAUUCUCCCGAUGGAUUUGGCGAUGUUCGAUGGGGAAAUUUUAUGUCAGCCAGAUGCUUUUCUUUGCUCUGUAAAUGAUGUAAAGGUCAGCAAUACAGUUGAUCAGAGGGGACGUAAUGUAGUUGCUGGUGCUGAGGGAUUUCUCAGGCAGAAGCUAUCAGGCCAAGGGCUUGCAUUCAUGCUAGCGGGCGGAUCAGUUAUACAGAAAAAUCUUGAGGUCGGUGAAAUGCUAUCUGUUGAUGUUUCUUGCAUUGCUGCUCUCACGACAACUGUCAAUAUCCAAACAAAAUACAAUGGUCCAGCAAGAAAGGCAAUGUUUGGGGGUGACAAUGCUGUAACGGCUCUUCUGACUGGACCUGGCAUUGUCUUCAUACAAAGUUUGCCAUUUCAUAGACUCUCUCAGAGAAUUGCUAGGGCAGUGACAUCCCCAAACAUGAGGGAAAAUCCCAAGUUCUUCAUUCAGAUUGCCAUGUUCUUUUUUCUGGCUUACGUAGUCAUUGUAUCUUCAUUAAUAUUGACCGAUGUAUGAAAUUUACUUUAGUUUUUUUUUGGCUCAAAUAAUUCUUUCACCAAUUUGCCCAUAGUAAUUGUAGAGCUCUAAAGGUUAGUAGGUAGGUACAGAGUAUUUCGGAUCUUGUGGUCUGUUGUGAAAUUUCAUAUCCGACUCAGAGCAGGCCAUUUGUCCUUUUACUCCCCGAUGGUUAUGGGAUUGAUAUAAAAAUAUUUUGCAGCACUUUCUUGGAA